AUGGCUGCGCCUCGGAGCGUGGUGGUGGAUGCCGGCAGCCGUCUGUCGGACAGGGAUGAAGAGAAGGACGACGAAUCCCCGUCGGGGAAGAAGCUGAAGGCGGAGAGGUUCCCGCUCUCUCGGUGGGAGUUCGCUGCAGCGCUGGGGGUGUUUUUGGUAUUUUCCACCGGGCUGCUGUGCGUUUACCUCACCAUGCCCGCCGCAGAGUAUGAGAUGUUGAAGCUGCCUCGUAACCUCUCAGAUCUCCGCUCUCUCAAGGAUAAAAAUAUUGUUUUAUGGAUAUUGGAACUUCGUAUUGGAGUGGAAGAGUAUAAUAUCAGGUCGAAGCUUUACAGUUCUAAUUUGUUUGCACUUUUCAAUAUAUGCUCUAGGGAUCAUCUCGCUACGUAUGCUCAAGUGUAUCCAGCGAAGUUCAUUCUUGGUUACUGCUCGACUUACAUAUUCAUGCAGACAUUCAUGAUACCCGGAACUAUUUUCAUGUCCUUAUUAGCCGGAGCACUUUUUGGUGUUGUGAGAGGUAUUUUCUUAGUUGUCUUCAACGCCACAGCUGGGGCAUCUUCUUGCUAUUUUCUGUCCAAACUCAUCGGCAGGCCCAUUGUCAAUUGGCUGUGGCCUGAAAAGCUCAGAUUUUUCCAGGCAGAGGCUGGGCUUGCGCUUGGAGAACUUAAGUCGGUGAAAGAUUUAUAUGAUUUUAAGACGUUGAUGGUACUCUUCCUCAUUGGCUCGAUUUUAUUGUUGCCGACCGUUUUGAAGAGGAAGCGCAUAUAUGAAUAAAGCUCGUGAUUUUUUAACGAUCGAUUUUGUGAUGUGGAAGUUUCAGGUUUACUUGUCAUACAUGGUUUUUUUCGGUUUUUUUCACAGCACUUAUUUAGGCUGUCUAACGGGCGAAAUCUUGAAUUUGAACUGAUAUAUAUAUAUAUUGUAAUUCAUUCACAGAGCAUAAUUAUUGAAUCUGUAUAAUUUUCUGAAUAUCAGAAUUGAGACACUUGAUAUAGUCAGGUUAAGAUAUGAGCUGUGGUCUCAUUUUAUAGUAUUUGAUGAGAAAUGUUGACACCUUUUGGAGUUGCAUUGAAUAGAAGCUAAUGUUUUGUUGUAUCAUAGCUCUUUUACUAUUUUUUGUGUGAGGUUAGACUAUCCGUCAAACGGGUUG